AUGGCUGAUUCUGCUGUUAGUGUACAGGUGGCUUUAAGGAUAAGGCCUUUAGUCAAAUCCGAAAUUUCUAAAGGAUAUGUUAAAUGCCUCGAAACAGUGCCAAAUAAACCUCAAGUUUUAAUAAAAAAUCUUUCUUUUACUUACAACCAUGUAUUUCCACCAGAAGUUUCGCAAGCUGAAUUUUAUGACACUGCUGUUAAGGGUUUAGUUGAUGGAUUGUUUAAGGGCUACAAUGUGACAAUAUUAGCUUAUGGUCAGACUGGCUCCGGAAAAACUCAUUCCAUGGGCAUGGCUUAUUCAGUUGGACCAGUCGAGGAGAUGGGUGUUAUACCAAGAGCAGUAUCAUUUAUGGAAUUAUAUCAAGAACAAUUAUUUGAUCUUUUAUCAAAAUCAAAUAGAGAUCAAAGUAUAGUUGAUAUCAGAGAAGAUCAACAAAAAAGAAUUGUAAUUCCUGGAUUAACCGAAAUUGAAGUACGUAAUGCAAAAGAUACAUUAGAUUGUUUAGUUAGAGGAUAUCGUCGCAGAGCUGUAGGUGCAACUGCAAUGAACAGUCAAUCCAGUAGAAGUCAUGCAAUAUUCACUAUCCAUAUACAACAGCGAAAAAUCAGCGAUAAGCUGAUUUAUCUAACAACAGGGCUCCAACAAUUAAAUAAGGAAUUGGCUUGGAAGCGAACAUUAGUGGCACAAGUUGCACAAAAAGUGAAUAUGCCAAUACCUGAACCUAAAUAUGCUCCAAAAGACUUAUUUGAUAUGAUUGCUGACCCAAGGCGUUCAGUUGAUGCCCAUAAAGAGCGCGGUACUGAACUGGAGAAUCAGCUAACAGAAGCAGUGGCGAAAGUUGCUCAAUGUCAACAGGAAAUGGAUAAGCUACGUGAGCAACAUAGACAUGAAUUGGCUGAAUUAAUGACAUAUGGAAACAGAAAUGAUAUUAAGAAUUGUAGAACACCUGAAAAAAAGGCUAAGAAAAUGAAAAAAAGAUCCAGAUCAUCUUAA